AGGAGGAGGAGGUGUCUGAUGCGCCCUGCCUCCCUGCCCUUCACCUCACCGCCCACCGGCUUGUUUCCUCGUCGUCAUCGCUGAUGUCUCCCUGCCGUGUCAACACCGACCGACUGUACCUCUUCAACUGCCACUCAAAAGACAGCAACAUGGCGUACCUCCAGGAGGACAUUCCCGUGUAAAAUGUGGAUUAACGAGCGACAGAUAACACAGUGAAGCAGCACCUGUGCGCCGCAGCGGGGGAAAUGCAGGACGACAGCGGCAAAGCAGCACUCGGGAGCCCCGCUGUAGCAAGUGCACCCACAGCGCAGAAUUCAGUACACUUGAACGGGCAUGCCGUUACUCAGAAUGGCCACAACUCAACUACGCCUGCACCACAACCACACUUAGACUCCCAAGCCUCGAGUCGUGCACCCUCUCCAACUCCGGUAAUCCAGAGGGAGCAGUGGGGAGGGAAGUAUGAGUUCCUGCUCUCCUGUAUCGGAUACUGUGUGGGACUGGGGAACGUGUGGCGGUUCCCGUACCUUUGUUAUCGCAAUGGAGGAGGUGUGUUUCUCAUCCCGUACUUCAUUAUGCUCUUUGUUACGGGCGUUCCACUCUUCCUCAUGGAGCUAAGCUUAGGCCAGUACGGAGCAGCUGGCCCCAUCACAGUGUGGAAAUGCUGCCCUCUGCUCAAAGGUAUUGGCAUCGGGAUGAUCUGUGUGUCCACACUGGUGUGUCUCUACUAUAACGUCAUCAUAGCAUGGACAUUUUACUACCUGGGCAGCUCGUUCCAGAGCCCUCUGCCCUGGUCCUGUGAUGCUAUAGCCAACGCAGCUCUCUGUGGAAACGGCACCACUGGCAACAACUCCACCGGUAGAGGCCUCAGCCCCACAGAAAUAUUCUGGAAUGAGCGUGUGCUGGGUGUAGUAUACAGUGAGGGCCUCCACGACCCAGGCCCUGUCCGGUGGCCCUUGGCUCUGUGCCUCCUGGCUGCCUGGAUCAUCAUCUUCCUUUGUAUGCUCAAGGGCAUCCGCAGCUCUGGCAAGGUGGUUUAUGUAACAGCUACCUUCCCAUAUUUUGUGCUGAUUGUUUUAAUCAUAAGAGGUGCCACACUGGAAGGCUCUCUUCAGGGCAUUGCUUUCUACCUCACACCAGACUGGAGCCGAUUAUCUAAUGCUCAGGUGUGGAAUGAUGCAGCCUCACAGAUCUUCUACUCCUUAGGUAUUGGAGUUGGAGGGCUGCUCUCUAUGGCCUCUUACAAUAAGUUUGACAACAAUGUCAUCAGGGACACUUUGAUUAUCACCACAGGAAACUGCAGCACCAGCUUCUUUGCUGGAUUUGCUAUAUUCUCAAUCCUGGGUCACAUGGCGUGGAAGAAGGGGGUGCCUGUCGGAGAGGUGGCAGAUACAGGUCCUGGGUUAGCCUUCGUUGCUUACCCAGAGGCCCUUGCUCUGCUGCCAGGCUCUGUGUUCUGGUCCAUUAUGUUCUUCCUCAUGCUCUUUAUGCUGGGGAUCGAUACACUGUUUGGAAACAUGGAGGGCAUCGUCACGGCCGUGCUGGAUGAGUUUCCACAUCUCAGAGCGAACUCACUGCAAAAGUCCUUGUUCUUGGGCAUUCUGUGUUUUUGCUUCUACCUGAUGGGUCUCCUGUUGGUGACUAAUGGAGGGAUUUACUGGUUCACUCUCAUUGACUCCUUCAGCACUAGCUUUGGCCUCAUCAUCAUCACCCUCUUCAUGUGCAUUGGCAUCUCCUUCUUCUACGGAGUCAACCAGUUUUGUCAGGACAUCAUUGAUAUGAUCCGCCACUGCCCCCCCUGGUGCACCAAAGUGCUGCUUUACUUCAAAGCAUGCUGGGUUUUCUGCACUCCGUUUCUUCUGCUGUUCAUCCUGACCUACAUCUUCAUCGAGAUGUACAGAACUUCACUCCGCUACGGCUCCUAUGUGUAUCCACUGUGGGGGAAAGCGUUGGGCGUGUGCAUGGGCGCUACCUGCUGUCUGCAGAUCCUCAUCUGGGCCAUCGUGGCCAUCAGCAGGGAAACCGGAACACUGAAAGACCGUUUCCAAAAAACGAUUCGACCUCUGAAUUCCUGGAGGGUAAACAACUUGAACAGCACCGGGAGAGUCGAGGAGCGUGUGGAGCCCGAGAGGGUGGAGGCUCCGUUCACCGUCACGCUCACAGACAUGGACUUCACAGCAAUGACAUGGGAGAUGGGAAGCCAGGCGUGACAGCGUGGAGAGCAGGGAUGAACACUUAGUGAUAAACAACCUGUGUUGUCAAGAGACAGAGGAAUUUAUUAUUAUUGUUAUGUACGUUCGCCCCAGCUAGGCUCUGGUGGCUGUGUCUGAACAGACUGUGUGUCCUGCAGGGCAGAGUGGAUUAUUGCUUUAUUUAUAUCAUUACGGAUAUUUGAAUUGUACUUUUUAACUUUUUUUUUACACUGUGUAGAAUGUAAGGUUAACAGCUGUAAAGUUUAUAUCAUCUUCAUCCAGGAUAACAUAAUGGGACCCUACCAGGACAUCUGGAUGUUGAUGAUCAAGCAGGACAUCUGCCGAUCUUAUUUAUUAUCACAGUAGCAUAGUACAAUUAAUUUUCCCGGACAGCAGUCAACACCAGCUUAAGAUCCGGAUUGCAUUCAUCAUGUACAACAAAAGAGGGACAAAAAAAGUGCAGUGACUCUUGACCGUUACCUUCAACGUGCACAGAUGGACCUGGAGUGGUGACCACAAAUCAUUGGCCUGCAGUAAUAAACGAGUCAGGAAUACUUUUAAUCCAUUUUACUUUUUAAAACAAACAACUGCUAGAAUCACUGCUAGAGUAAAUAAAUUCAUUAAAAAAAAAUGAACUUGCCAAAUGAA